AUGGCAAGUCAGAGACAUGAGGGUGAACCUCGGAUGCUGUGCAGGGUAUUUAGAGAUGCUGAAGAACUGGACUACGAGGAGCUAGAGAAGCAGCUGAAGGAAGUGUUUAAGGAGCGCAGCACAGUCCUGAGGGAGCUGACAAAGACGUCCCGAGAACUGGAUGGGAUCAAAGUCAACCUUCAGUCUUUGAAAAAUGAUGAACAAUCUUCCAAAACAGAUGUUCAGAAGCUUCUGGAGUUGGGCCAGAAGCAAAGGGAAGAAAUGAAGUCUCUCCAGGAGGCCCUGCAGAAUCAGCUUAAAGAGACAUCUGAGAAAGCAGAGAAACAUCAGACUACAAUUAAUUUUUUGAAGACUGAAGUGGAAAGAAAGAGCAAGAUGAUCCGUGACCUACAGAAUGAGAAUAAAAGCUUGAAGAACAAAUUGUUGUCCGGAAGCAAACUGUGUGGGAUUCAUGCAAAAGAAUCGGAAAAAAUCCAAGCCCAACUGAAGGAGCUCCGUUAUGGGAAGAAAGAUUUAUUAUUUAAGGCCCAACAGCUCACCGAACUGGAAAAGAAGUUAGCUGUUGCCAAAAAUGAGCUUGAAAAAGCAGCUCUUGACAGGGAAUCACAGAUGAAAGCAAUGAAAGAGACUGUACAACUCUGUUUGACGUCAGUUUUCCGUGAUCAGCCUCCUCCUCUCAGUCUCUUCACAUCAAAUCUAUCACAGACGUUGCAUCCACCCAGGACACUUGCUUCCAAGAUUCCAGAUUCAAGGACAAAAAGCGAGCAUUGCUACUUGUGA